AUGGAGACCCUUGGUCGUGUAUGGAAUCGUCUGUCUAUUCGACGUCCCACUAUAGCCACCCCUGAACCAGUAGAAGAAGAAGAUGAUAUGACUCCUGAGAAGACUCGGGAAGUAUUUCAAAUGUUCAAUGGCACGCCAACAAGAAGGAAAAGUGAAAGUGCUCAUCAUCAUAGAGAAAUUCUGAACCAAAUGGAAAAUCAUCAACCGCGAAAUGCAACUCAAAGUCCUAAAAGGCAACCGAGAAUAUCUGAAAGCUCGAUGGACACUCCUGGAAGUUCUUUAAGGCGGAAUUCAACAGAGACUCAUGUAUUCGCCAAUCGAGCUCAUCUUCAUAGUGAUAUUAAUGUGCCAGCGUGUUCCAGUGAAGACGAUCGCAUAAGUACCAUACGACGAAACAGUUUAUUUGUGAAACGCGGCUCCGUCACUAUGGAACCCAUCAAGAAGGUUGAUCUGGAAGCGGUGUACACUGUAAAUAAGCAAUUGGGAACCGGUCGAUUCGGUUACAUCAAACUCGCAGAACACAAACAGUCCAAACAUCGGAUUGCUAUUAAAUUCUUCCCACGUCCACAGACCAAACAGACGGACUUUGUUCGGGAGUACAAUUACUCAUUCUUCCUGUCCCCACAUCAGAACAUUAUCGACACUUAUGAAGGAAUGUUCCAGUCUUCCGAUGACACGGCCUACUUCUUCGUCCAGGAAUUCUGCCCACGAGCAUCACUUCGUGAAGCCGUCGAAGCUACCAACCAAGCAGGAAUUGGAGAGGCUAACACCAAGAAGGUCUUCGCUGCGGUCCUUUCCGCCAUCGAAUUCAUGCAUGACGAGAAUUUGGUCCACCGUAACCUGAAGGCCGAGAAUAUCCUCAUUUUCGAUGCUAACGACUACUCAAAGGUGAAGGUCACCGACUUUGGACUGACCCGCAAAGUUGACACCACUGUCAAAUAUUUGGAAUACGUUAACAACUAUCAUGCCGCCGAGCUUUGCGACACGGUCGUCAACGAGAAGUUGGUGGUUAACAAGAGCACCGAUAUUUGGGCACUUGGUAUCAUCUUCUUCUACUGCAUGAAGGGAAAGUUCCCAUGGCAGAAGGCAUCGAUUAUGUGUAAACCGUACUGGGAGUGGGAGCAGUGGCUGAAGAGGAAGAACCCAGCACUUCCAAAGAAGUUCAAUCCUUUCUCUGAGAAGGCAUUGAAACUGUUCAAAAAAUCCCUCACUCCACGAUUCAAGGAUCGAUGGAGCGCAAAAGACAUGCGAAAGUGUUUGGUCAAGGAGAAACUAUUGAAAUCAGUCAAGAAACCGGAUGAAGACUACUAUGUUAUGAUUGACACUUCCACAAAGUCGAGACCAUCAGCCGCAUCUACUUCAAACGGUGAAAAUCAGGAAGGCGCUGCUGGAGGAGCCCCAGCGACGGGUGAGAGGAAACAGAAGUCAACUCUCCAACAAUGGAUCAGCACAACGUUGACCGCGAUGGCUGAGAUCAGCGAGCAAGUGGUGUCAGCCAGAGACGAUUGA